CCUGCGCGCCGUCCGCCCCUUCGCGGAGCUUGGUGUCGUCUCUCCCUGCAAUAAGGUCCGCCGGCCUGAGACGCGUUGUCGCUGACGACCAUGAACCGCAGCCGCCAAGUGACCUGCCUGGCCUGGGUCCGCCGCGGCGUGGCCAAAGAGACGCCGGACAAAGUAGAGCUAAGUAAAGAGGAAGUAAAGCGUCUCAUCGCUGAAGCAAAAGAAAAAUUACAAGAAGAAGGUGGCAGUGAGGAAGAGGAGGCAGGCAGUCCUUCAGAAGAUGGUCUUCGGAGUGCUCGUACCCAGGCACAGCCUAGGGAGUCCCUGGAGGAUGGGGACCCACAGGAUGACCGUACUCUAGAUGAUGAUGAACUGGCCGAGUACGACUUGGAUAAUUAUGAUGAGGAGGGCGACCCAGAUGCUGAGACUCUUGGUGAAUCUCUUUUGGGUCUUACGGUCUAUGGCAGUAAUGAUCAAGAUCCAUAUGUUACCCUAAAAGAUACAGAACAAUACGAGCAUGAAGACUUCUUGAUUAAGCCCACUGACAACUUCAUCAUCUGUGGCCGUGCUGAACAGGAGCAGUGCAAUCUGGAGGUGCAUGUUUACAAUCAAGAAGAGGAGUCUUUCUAUGUGCACCAUGACAUACUCCUGUCAGCAUACCCUCUGAGCGUAGAAUGGCUGAACUUUGAUCCUAGCCCAGAUGCUUCAACUGGAAAUUACAUUGCUGUGGGAAACAUGACCCCUGUCAUCGAGGUGUGGGACCUGGAUAUAGUGGAUUCUCUAGAGCCGGUCUUUACCUUGGGAAGUAAGACUUCAAAAAAGAAGAAGAAGAAAGGGAAGAAGAGUUCCUCAGCAGAAGGGCACACUGAUGCUGUCCUUGACCUCUCCUGGAAUAAGUCAGUCAGAAAUGUGCUGGCAAGUGCAUCAGCAGACAGCACUGUAAUUCUCUGGGACAUGUCUGUGGGGAAGCCAGCAGCCAGGCUUACUGCACACACAGACAAGGUCCAGACUCUGCAGUUUCAUCCAUUUGAAGCACAAACUCUGAUUUCUGGGUCAUAUGAUAAGUCAGUGGCUCUGUAUGACUGCCGAAAUCCAAACCAGAACCAUCGUCUGUGGCGGUUCAGUGGACAGAUCGAGAGAGUGACCUGGAACCACUUCUCACCAUGUCAUUUUUUGGCCAGUACAGACGACGGCUUUGUGUAUAAUCUGGAUGCACGUUCAGACAAGCCAAUUUUUACACUUAAUGCACACAACGAUGAAAUCUCUGGUCUUGAUCUGAGCAGUCAGAUCAAGGGCUGCCUUGUGACUGCUUCAGCAGACAAAUAUGUGAAGAUCUGGGACAUCCUAGGAGACAGGCCAAGUCUCGUUCAUUCUAGAGACAUGAAAAUGGGAGUUCUCUUUUGUUCUUCUUGUUGUCCUGAUUUGCCAUUUGUCUAUGCCUUUGGAGGUCAGAAGGAGGGGCUUCGUGUUUGGGACAUAAGCACUGUAUCUUCAGUGAACGAAACAUUUGGAAGACGGGAGAGACUGGUUAUUGGCAAUGCAAAAGGCUUAUCUGUUCAUGGCCCUUGUGGGAGCUCCCAGACACCAAUGGAGUCCUGACAAAGAUCACAGUCUCCUAGGAUGCCUACAUGAACUUGGAGUUUCGAGAAGCUGGCCUAAAAAUGUCCCAUGUGUACCUACAGCCAUACGGUGAUGGAAGGAAAAUCCAGUUCCUGCUGCCAUUCCUCUGCAGCCUUGGCAGUCCACUGCCUGUGUCUGCCUUCAGCUGGGUACUGUACAGUUCUUGCAUUUCUUGAAAAUAAAAGUUUUUAGAGAA